AUGGUCUUGAGGCAUGGUCCUUGGGAGCCUGAUUUGGGGAAAGCUUGUAACAUUGGCUCAGGAACAAGAACCAAGGGAUUUGAUGAGUGUAGGCGCAACAUCAGUCUAAACUCAGACUUUCCUACAAGGAGAGUGAUACUUCAGGAAGAAGAACCCACAAUUGUGUCAUUUAUGGCAGAGGCUUCAGAUUCAAUUAUGAACUCGGGCAACAUCAGAAAAUUCAUUUUGGCAAACUUACAGACUUAUAGGGAGAAGCCCUAUGAGUGUAAGGUGUGUGGGAAAUCCUUUAUCUAUAGCUUAUAUCUAACCCAACACCAAAGAAUCUACUUCAGAGAGAAGCCCUACAGAUGUGAUAAAUGGAGUGCUUCAGCCACAGCUUCUACCAUCAUUACCACCACAGAAUCCCCACUGGUGAGAAACUCUAUGGAUGUGAUAAGUGUGGGAAAGGCUUUUGUCAAAUUGCAAAUCUUAUUCAGCAUCAGGAAGUUUAUACUGGAGAGAAACCCUCUGUAUUACACUGCUAGGGCUGCCAUAAAAAAGCAAACACAAAAAAUAUACAUCUAUGUUAAUGGGCAUACACUGUAUAAAGAUAGAAUGAAGGAUAAAAACUGCAUGAUCAUUUCAACUGGUGACGAAAAAGCACUUGACAAAAUUCAGCAGUCUUUCAGGGUAAAAACAUUCAGUAAACUAGGAAUAGAUGAAAACUUCUUCAACGUGAUAAAGGCCUUAUAUGAAAACUCCACACUAAUGUUGUUCUUUAUGGUGAAAGACUGA